GGAUUAGACUGAGAGCUGAUGGGAAAAUUUAUAAUGUUAAUCUUUACCAGCAUUAGUAACAGUUUGUAAAAGUCAAAGCUAAUACCCAACUACUUUGGGUCAAAUUGGAGGAUAUUGGUGUGACUACAUCGCGGAGGCUGCAAACAGCUCUUUUGAAAGCUUUCUUUGUGAGUGAGAAAUAUGGCUGAUGAACAAAAUCAAAAUGCAGAGCAAAAGCCACGAAGACGAAAGAAGGCCAAGAAGCAAAAAAUUAUAUCUUCCACCGGAACCACCAUCUUUAUGAUAAUAAAUGUUUUCCUGGUUAUAAUUGGUGGUACAUUGAUCCUAGGUGGAAUCAUUGUUAAAUAUGGCUCAGCCAAAAUGGAAGUACAGUUACAACCACUUUACAAAACAAUGGCAGAGGCAAUAUCUGAAGCAGACAUGCCAGAUUUUGGCAGAUAUGUUGAUAUCACACACAAGGUGGCAUUGGGAUUCAUUGUAACUGGAUCAUGUCUUCUCUUCAUUGCUCUGAUAGGUUGUUGUGGUGGUUGUUGCCAAAAUAGGACAUUACUCAUUCUGUAUGGAUUUUUGUUAACAUGUGUGAUGGUCACAGAAACUGGUUUUGUUAUAUUGCUGUUUUCGGUUAAGAAAGAAAUGAAAGACUCUAUGAAAGAACCAAUGAUUGCCAAUCUGAAAAACAUGUAUGCUGGUCCUGAUCAAGAAGAUGUAACUUCAUAUGGUUGGAAUUUUGUUAUGUCUACGUUCCAGUGUUGUGGAAUCAGUAACUACACAGAAUUUCAUCAUGCCAAAAAAUGGGACCGGAGAACUAAAAUUAGGGGCAUGCAAUAUUUGAAAAUAAUUCCUGAUACCUGCUGUUCUCGCAGGGUUGAUAUUUUAAGUGAAAAACGGUUCAAAGAAAUGACUGACACAAACUGUACUAUUAAUCCAACUCUUUCAAAUUCAUAUAUUGGAAAGAGUUGUUGGAAUACAAUACAGUCUUUAUUAAACGAACAGAGUGGACUGAUGAUGGGAAUUGGUGUAACAGUGCUAGGAUUUGAGAUUCUUGUCUUUGUUAUAUCGCUUAUAGAAGCCAAUGCAGGUACAUUCACCAAAGAAAAAAAGGCUUUAAAAUGCCGGAGAGGAUCCUGGAACUCUUUGAAAAAAUAUGGUUCUGAUGGCUGCGGUAAAUAUUUACCUGUGCAGAGGUAUCCGAAAGGGAGUAAGAAAGUAAAUCAUGGUUUGGAGACUCUGUUGUGAAGCAUCUGAUCUGCUCAAAUUUUUGGCAAUAGAACAAUAGGCAAAAAACAGACAAAAUUAUACACUGCAGCAGAGGUCCAUAGUCUGAGAAACUAAUGACAGGAAUCCAUCUUGAGGAGGUGAACACCAACAGCAUUGAAACUGCAAAACAAGAAUGGCAUUAGAGAUAUCAAAAUGCCGAAAUACAGUGUCCUAUAACUGGCAAGACAAAAUGUCAUGAAAGUAUGGUGCAGAAGACCAUGUUGAUAAAUUGAUCAAUGCAUAUAUAUAUAUAUAUGUGUGUGUUUUACAUUAAUCUCACAGCAUCUGAAUGUGUGUCAUUAUACAUUCUAUAUUGAGGCAUAAAUCUCUCUACAAAUGCAAA